UGACUCUAGGGAUGCCCAGGAUGAUUUUGGGGUGUCAUGGGGGGUUUGGGAAUGCCCAGAGUGGCUUUAGGAUCAAUUUGGGGUGCUCAGGAUGAUUUUACGAUGCCCUUGAUGCAUUUAGGACACCCCAGUUACAUUUUAGGGGCUCCCAACCACCUCCUCUCCACACCCCCCAUUCCCAUCCCCAUCUUUUUGGGGGGUGGAGUAACACAGGGUGGAUUUGAGCCACAUCCACCCAACCCCCCCCAAUUUUUGGGGUGUCCCUUCCCCCCCCAGGUGGACAUUUGGUCUUUGGGGGUUAUGGUCAUCGAGAUGGUGGACGGGGAACCCCCUUAUUUCAACGAACCCCCCCUCAAAGCCAUGAAGUUGAUCCGGGAUAAUCUCCCGCCCCGGCUCAAGAACGGACACAAGGUCUCUCCAUCCCUGAAAGGAUUCCUGGAGCGGAUGUUGGUGCGGGACCCCGCGCAGCGAGCGAGCGCCCCGGAAUUGCUCCGUCACCCCUUCCUGGGCGUGGCCGGACCCCCCGCCUGCAUCGUCCCCCUCAUGCGGCAGCACCGGCUGCGGUGAGACCCCUCCCCCACCCUGGGGGAGACC